CCUGGAUAAGAUCAACGUGCAUAUGAGAGGAGGUAGCAUAGUAGUUACACAGGGGGCAAAUGUUACAACUACACUCAGCCGGAAGAACCCGUUUGAAUUGGUCGCUGCCCUGCCUAAUACGACUAAUCCGUUCAACUUUCAAUGGUACUGGGAUGACGGUGACUCGCUAAUGCAAAAUGGACAGUACAUGGGCAACCUGAUCUCACUCACAGCAGCGAAAACGAACCAAGGAGGUUAUAUCAACGGCGUAGUAGUCCAGAGCCACUUCGAGACCUCAAUGACGCUGGGCACCGUAAGGGUUUUAGGAGUUGACACGAAGCCAAACAGCUUGACAAUCAAUGGCAAACCGUUUACGCAAUUCAGCUUCGAUGCUCAGAGUCAUGUGUUGAUGGUUAACUCGAUCAAAAUAGAGAUAUCGAAUCAGAACUUUAGCAUUAUAUGGGCAUAAAUAAUUAUACAGGACAAGUCAAUAUAAAAGAUGACCUUUUUUGACUCAUCCUGUAUAGAAGGACACACUUUGAAACAUGCCAAGUGGGUGUUAAUUGGAAAGUGCUGUACAUACAUCCGUGGUGUAAAUUAACUUGAUCUAUUCUGGCCCAUCUGAAUAUAAAUAAGUUUGCAUCAGAUCUGGGUGGGGCGGGGGCUCAAGCACCACACAAUGUGAUCGGAGUGAUUUGUAAACAGCUUUUAGGAUUAUUAAGCAUAAGGGCAUUCUUCCACUACAGUGGAAAGACGUCACAGUUUGCCGUUGCGGCGAAAUUUCAAAUGCAAAAUCAACGAACUCGUUUUUUAUACAACCGCUCUCGUGGAACCAGUAUUUAAUUACUCAAGCUAGGCUAGACUCGGCAGCUAUAAUUAUGAGGUGAAGAAGAAUGACGCCGUGAGAUAAUUUUACAUUAAGUGAUGCAUGCGAGACAGGAAAGAGAUUACACCUAAUUUGCAGUUAAUGAAAUAAUACAGAGUGGCUCAAUAAAAAUGAUACACUUACAAAAUGGUAUUUUAUUAUUUUGGCAUUUACCCUCACACGUACAUAUAUUUAUGUACUUGAAGAGCAAGCUCUCUCAAUUAAUUUGACACCAGCAGACUCAUAAUCCUUCCAUGGUUGACUGCACAGGAAUAUUUUAUUGACUCAUGUGAAAUCUCACAUGCGUACACUUCCCAGUGGUCUAACAGGACAAAGAGGAAGCAUUCCCAACAUUUAAUUUUAUUCACAUUUGAACACAAAUACGAAAAUUAUAAAAUGAAUCUGUUAAAUGUCAAUCUCCAACUGUGAAUAAAAUUUAAAAUGUUAAAGAUUGCUUCUUCUUUGUCCUUUGCCCUGUUCAACCACUGAAAGGUUGGCGCAAGUCAGUUUUCACAUUAGUCAACUAAAUCUGUCCUGCGCAGUCAACCAUGGAAGGAUUUUGAAUUUGCUGGUGUCAAAUUAUUUGAGAGAGCUUGCUCUUCAAGUACAUAUAGUUUGAGGUAUAUGCCAAAAUUAUAAGUGAUAUUAACCAUUUUGUAAGUGUAAAAUUUUUAUUGAGCCAUUCUGGGCAGAGACAUGUAUUCACCCACAGGCGGAAGUGUGGCACUGACACAUAGUCCGUACUGAACUGUGAAGCUGUGGUAAAUACAUGACUGUGAUGGGUGAAUGUGGAUUUAUUCUUCAAUCUUUGGUGGAUUCUUAAUCUACAGAGCCAGGCCAUAACAGGGAUAUACUUUUUGAUAAUUAAUUUAAGGAAAUAUUGUCUCACUGGCCAGUUUAGAACUUGUAUUCUAAUAGGCCCAUAUCAGUCCGCGAGUGACGAUUUGAUGGCAAUGUUGUACACAAAUAAAUUUUUCUCAGGCAAUCGGUAUUGGAAUGUUUUGAAUUUUUACUAUUAUUUCGAUAAAAGCCUCUUCAUAACACAUAUAAAAUUUGGUGGGAAUUAAAGCACCCUUGGUGUACUUUUUUUCACCAACCUAUAUUCAUUGAAAUGUACACAGAAUGUACACGCUGGCUAACAGAGGUCUUUGGCCUUCUGUAGAGUUUUUUUACAUAUUGUCACACCGCCGAUGCUUAUACACGCUGGCCACACCGUCCAGAGACCCAACCACCCUCUUGAUUACAUUACAGAGAUUUGCCCGGAACUGGCCAAUAGCGGUUACGUUACACGCUGGCCACCUUGCGGGAGCGUAGGGAAAACGUAUAUUACAGAAGUUGGUCGUCGAUUUUCAAACAUGGAAUAUUUCAUUGAAUUAAAUCUGCUUGUCCAUACUAUCAAUCAAA